AUGGCUCUCUUCAGUUUCCUCGUCCACCCGAGCCUCCGGGCGGAGUACAACAGGAUGAGCUUUGGCCACAAGAUCCUCUUCCUGGUAUGAACGCCACCGACGCAUCAGCUCCACACCGUACUCGCAAGAUCGAACGAUUUCUAGUCUCACGAUCCAUUUCUUUCUCUCUCUCUCCUCAGGUGGUGCAUGGCGUCGAUAAGCACGGGUUGUGGCACCGGCUGCCGGUGUUCCUCGGCCUCGUCUACCUCGCCUUCCGCCGGAUCCUCCACGACAACUACAACCUCCUCCCCGUCGGCAAGAUCGACUCCGUCACCCCCGACCCCCCCGCUCACCCCUUCCGCUCCAGCGACGGCACCUUCACUGACCUCUCCAAGCCCGCUGCCGGCAGCCAGAUGACCUUCUUCGGGAGGAACAUCUCCCCCGUUGACCAGCAUGGCAAGGUUGUUAUGGGCUUCCCCGUUUACCUCCCACUCUCUGUUUGUAUCCACCGUUGACACCCCGCCUUUCGGCCAGCUUAUGGACCCGGAUCCGUUCGUGGUGGCGACGAAGUUGCUGGAGAGGAAGAGCUUCAUCGGUACGGGGAAGCAGUUCAACGUGAUCGCCGCCUCCUGGAUCCAGUUCAUGGUUCACGAUUGGAUAGACCACCUAGAGGCCACCCGCCAGGUACCCUCUCUCUCUCUCUCUCUCUCUCUCUCACGACUGGAUGGACGGAAUUGCUCACGAAGAAAAAUAAUUGGGAAUAGCCUUGGCCGAUUAACAAUAACAAGCCCAAACUCAGCGUCCUUGCACGCUGUUUCCUUUGCGUGCAGUCAGAUGAGUAAGGUAGAACAGUUCAUAAUUCAUAGUUCACGAUAACUACAGUUCGGAACAAGAUUACCGAUACAAGAAUUUUAUGUGGUACGGUGGAACAAAUAUGGUUGCCCACCUCGGUAACCGUGGCAUCAAUAACCUAGGGAAACGUGGCCUGAGUCCGUGAGAAUCGGUCUUCCGGAAAAAAAUGUGGCAGCCUCGAAAGAAGGCAAGAAGAAAGUUAUAAAUAUCUAUCGUUUUCCAAGACAAAAGAAAGUUAUAAAUAUCUACGUAUCUCUAUGUAUACGCAUAUGUAUGUGCAUGAGGUUGACUUCGUGUUGCUGUGUCUCAUUGGAUGACGUAGAUCGAGCUGAAGGCACCAAAAGAAGUCGCCGGCGGCUGCCCGCUGAAGGCCUUCCGGUUCUACGGCACAGAGAGUAUCCCUACGGGCGCCGCAACGGGUAUCCGAGCCGGCCACAAGAACAUCCGAACCUCCUGGUGGUAAGAAGAUCGCAGAUUCGAUUAUUCUCCACACUAAAAAAGAAGGAAAGGAAGGGGAAAAUGAAGAGGUUUUGAUCUGCAAUGAAGGGACGGGAGCGUGCUCUACGGGAGCAACCAGGGGGUUGGGGCCCGAGUGAGAACGCUCGUGGACGGAAAGCUGAGUAUCGGGGAGGAUGGUCUUCUCCUCCACGAUGAGCAGGGCCGCGCCGUCAGUGGCGACGUCAAGAAUAGCUGGGCCGGCGUCUCGAUCCUGCAGGCGCUCUUCGUCAAGGAGCACAACGCCGUCUGCGACGCCCUCAAGGUGCAACUCCCCCUUCACCAUUCUUCUUCUUCCUCCUUCUCUUGCUAAUUGUGACGCUAACGAGCUGAGGCCUAUCCUCGCACAGAAGGAACACCCGGAGUUCGAUGACGAAAAGUUGUUCCAGUAUGCGAGGCUGGUGACGUCGGCGGUGAUCGCCAAGAUCCACACCAUCGACUGGACCGUUGAGCUCCUCAAGACCGACACCUUGAAUGCCGCCAUGCAUGCCAACUGGUGGGGGCGGCUUCUUCUCCCUCUCUUCCCCAUCGUAUUCAUGUUCACAUCCAGAGUCAUAUGUUUAUGUAUAUCCUACAUACAUAUGAUAGAUGCUCCUCGUAUGAUUCUAAGAACUUAUGGGCGUCUCUCGCGUAGGUAUGGUCUCCUGGGGAAGAGGUUCAAGAGCAUCUUCGGCCACAUUGGAGGAGCCACGCUGGGGCCUGCUUUGGGUGGCCUCGUGGGGCUCAAGGAGCCCAACGAUCACGGUGUCCCCUACUCCCUUACCGAAGAGUUCACUAGUGUUUACAGGAUGCACCCUCUCCUUCCUGACACCCUCCAAGUCAGGAAUAUCAAUGCCCCCCCGGGCCCCAACAAGGCCCCCUCUCUACUCAAAGAGUAACUCUCUCUCUCUCUCUCUCUCUCUCUCUCUCUCUCUCUCUCUCUCUCUCUCUCUCUCUCGCUCUCUCUCUCUCUCUCUCUCUCUCUCUCUCUCUCUCUGCCUCCUAAUGAAAAGUAAGAGCUUUUGGAUGCGCCCGAAUUGUCCAAUGGCUGCUUGACUUUGUGAGUAAUUUCUCUUUACAAUGAGUAGGAUCAAAAUGGAGGAACUGAUUGGAAUUAAAGGCGAGAAAGCUCUAAGCCAUGUGGGAUUCGAGAGACAGCUAGUGUCCAUGGGGCAUCAAGCUUGCGGCGGGCUUGAGCUCUGGAACUACCCCACAUUCCUCAGGGACCUCAUCGUGCAGAACACUGACGGAAGUGAGAGGCCAGAUAACGUGGAUCUUCCGACUCUCGAAGGUAAUGCUCGAUAUAAUCUAUCGUAGGACAAUUCUUUUGUUUCUGGAUCAUUCAUUUUUUUUGUCUAGGGAUUAGGUUUCUGAAGGGUUUGCUGUUAUUGACUGUGCAGUGUACCGUGAUCGAGAGAGAGGGGUCGCCAGAUACAACCAGUUCCGGAGGAGUAUGCUGAUGAUCCCCAUUUCUCGCUGGGAAGACUUGACCGAUAAUGCCGAGGCCAUAAAGACCCUGAAAGAGGUCUACGGGGACGAUGUGGAGAAGCUCGAUCUCAUCGUAGGUCUCAUGGCGGAGAAGAAGAUCAAGGGAUUCGCGAUAAGCGAGACGGCCUUCUUCAUAUUUAUCAUAAUGGCCUCCAGGUACUACUUCUGACCUAAUCUCCCAUAGAUUCAUCUAGUUGGACUAUUAACUUGUCUACUCAGGAUCUCUUACGUUAUGCUCGAGCAUUGUUUGAAGAAGGGUUGGGCCUAGAGACUUUCUGAGCCAACCCGUCGAAUGAUAACCCUUGUAUGAAGGUCCAUGGAGUGGGUGACCCCAGAGCCUGGUCUGGGUGCAUUCCGAAUUUCCUUUGGGCUUUAGGCCUCUUAGUCAAGCCCUCACCGGUCCUUUCUUGAAAUUGGGCUCCCUUCUCUCUCUCUCUCUCUCUCUCUCUCUCUCUCUCUCUCUCUCUCUCUCUCUCUCUCUCUCAACCCAUUUUCUGGGAUUUUUACGAGGACACCUACCAGCCUUGGGUUGAGUGGAAGGGACUGGGCUGAUUGGGACCGCUGGGAAUGACACCUAUCCAUUAAUUUCAUAAAAUGAGACUUGUCGUCCUCUUAACCUUAGUUUUGCAUUAAUUGACAUAUAAUCUCGCAAAAUUAGUCAUAUUAUCAUAUCAACCAAAGCUUUCCAUCCGUUAAGGCAUGGAUUCAUAAACUGCAUCGUAUUAUCAUCUCAAUCAAGGUUUUCCAUCAAUCAAGGCAUGGUUUCAUAGAGUGAGUGAUCUGAUCCGGAGUUAUAUGAUGAGAAGCUCACUGAUGUCAAAUAUUGUAUUUGCUCUUGUAGGCGGUUGCAAGGUGAUAGAUUCUUCACAAGCCACUUCAACGAGCAAGCAUACACCAAGAAGGGGCUUGAAUGGGUCAACAAGACAGAGAGCUUGAAGGACGUCCUUAACCGUCAUUACCCAGAGAUCACUAAAAAGUGGAUGAACUCCACAAGUGGCUUCUCAGUGUGGGAUGCUUCUGUCGAGAAGGCUAAUUGGGUACCACUCUACUUGAGGAUCCCCAAGUAA